CUUCCAGAACAGGGAACAAGAGGCAGGAGGCACUGGGUUUCUGCCCUACUUCCCUAUUUGCUGUUCUACCCAGAAGGGAGUGGGGUCGUGCCUUGUUUUUUCAGAAACUGCCAAGCUUCUUUUCCGGGGUGGUUGGCUGUGCCAUUCCCCAUUCUCAGCAGUAAUACACAAGUAAGACAGUUUCUCGAGGCCAGAGCAGGACGUCCUUCAGGCUGUGGCGGAGCUCGAGGCUGCUGCUCCCUCUCCUGAGCGCUUUGGUGUUUUUGUUCUGUCUCCACCGCGUGGUCGAUGUACGUCUGUCAUGUCCUGCUUGGCAAGACCCAGGAGCUGGUGCCCAGAGAAGCUUCAUGUGUCUUUGCCUCUCAGACUGACCUGGUGAAGGAUAUAGAGCAGAAAUCUCUGGACCUUGGCCAUGAGCACAUCCUCCUUUCAAACCUCUGUGGCAGUUUUCGCCCUGCUUAUCCUGCAUGCCGGUGCCCUGGAUACAUUUACAGCUGCCGUAUAUGAACAUGCUGUCCUAUUGCCAAAGGAAACAGAAACACCUGUUUCUCGGGACGAUGCCUUGCUCCUUAUGAACAAGAAUAUAGAUAUUCUGGAGAAAGCAAUUAAGCAGGCAGCUGAGCAGGGUGCCAAAAUCAUCGUGACCCCAGAAGAUGCACUUUAUGGAUGGAAAUUUUCCAGGGAAACCAUCUUCCCUUACCUAGAGGAUGUCCCAGACCCUGAGGUGGGCUGGAUUCCAUGUCAAGACCCCCACAGAUUUGGUCACACACCAAUACAAGCAAGACUCAGCUGCCUGGCCAAGAACAACUCUAUCUAUGUCUUGGCAAAUAUUGGGGACAAAAAGCCAUGUAACUCUUAUGACUCCAGGUGUCCUCCAAAUGGCUACUAUCAAUAUAAUACCAAUGUGGUGUAUGAUAUGACAGGACAGCUGGUGGCACGUUACCAUAAGUACCACCUCUACUCUGAGCCCCAGUUUGAUGUCCCUGAAAAGCCAGAGCUUGUGACUUUCAACACCACCUUCGGAAGGUUUGGCAUUUUCACAUGCUUCGAUAUACUCUUCCAUGAUCCUGCUGUGACCCUGGUGAAGGACUUCCAGGUGGACACCGUCCUGUUUCCCACAGCUUGGAUGAAUGUGUUGCCCCUACUGACAGCUGUUGAAUUCCACUCAGCUUGGGCAAUGGGCAUGAGAGUUAAUCUUCUUGUGGCCAAUAUACAUCAUGUCCGCCUAAAUAUGACAGGCAGCGGUAUCUAUGCGCCACACACCCCCAAAGUGUACCAUUACGACAUGGAGACGGACCAGGGAAGGCUCCUUCUCUCAGAAGUGGAUCUGCAUCCCCGGGGCUCACCCACCUACCCCGCCGCGGCCAACUGGAGCGCCCACGCCUCGGCCGUGCAGCCCUUCCCAGGGCAGAAACCCCCUUUCAGGGGAUUCAUUUCCCGAGACGAGUUCCACUUCACAGAGCUUUCUGAAAAUGCAGGAAACCUUACAGUCUGUCAAGAAGACCUCUGCUGUCAUUUAAGCUACAGAAUGUUAAGAAAAGAAGAGAGUGAAGUGUAUGUCCUAGGGGCUUUCACAGGACUGCACGGCCGAAGGAAAAGAGAGUUCUGGCAGGUAUGCACAAUGCUGAAAUGCAAAACGACCAGUUUGGCAACGUGUGGAAAACCAGUGGAAACGGCUUUGACAAGAUUUAACAUGUUCUCCCUAAGUGGCACAUUUGGAACAGAGUAUGUUUUUCCUGAAGUGCUACUUACUAAAGUUCGUCUGUCACCUGGAAAAUUUGAGGUGCUAAAAGAUGGGCGUUUGGUAAAUAAGAAUGGAUCAUCUGAACCUCUUCUAUCAGUGUCCCUCUUUGGAAGAUGGUACACUAAGGACUCACGUUUCAUCUCAGGAGGGAUCAGCAAUUUGGAAACAACUAACCUGUUAAUAUUCACUUUUUUAAUGAUUAUAGCUUUGCAAAUAUGAUGGUAUAGGACAUCUUUUUUUUAUCACAUUUAUUUUUGUAGCAUCUAUUUUGCUAAACGUGUUUCUCAGUUUUCCAAGUUUACUAAGAAACUUUGAAGGGUCAUCUCAGUGGUAUAGACCAAUAAUUUCUAAACAGGUAUUUUUUUUAUCUUAAAUUAUUUUUAAGUAUUGUGGUAGUUUUAUCUUCUGGUUGCUUAGGUCAGAUAAAUGAGAAUCAAAUCUUAGCUCCAGCCCUGUUUGCUGUGUGACCGUGUGUGUACGGGUGUGCAUGGGAGGCAGAGUCAAGAACUUCAGGAUCAUUGUAAACACAGUUGUGGCCUUUGAACAGAACAAAUAAUGAUAAAGACAGAGAGUCUUACAACUGAAUUCCAUUUGACAUUAAAGACAAUUGAGUUCACCUACUUUUUUGUGCUAAUGAUUAGGGGGAAAUUUGCUUUCUAAUCAGAUGAUGAUGUUGAAGUUUAUCUUCACAAUAAAAGUUGUUCUGAGAUGUUCUAGAACAGAUGAGAGCUAGUCCAGGUUCAUAUCAGAGGAGGUCUGGCUCAGGGCAUUCAUAGUUCCAAACUACCUCACCUGAAGGCUGUAGUAGAAUUUAAUAGACCCCAAAUCCACAACACAAAGGUCAUGAGUGUUUGGGUAGUCUGCUUUUUAAAUAUAUACAUUCCAACAUUGGGUAGUCUGCUUUUUAAAUAUAUACAUAUAUAUCAUGCUACUCAAAAAUGCAGUGUUUUGGUUACUGAUCAUUUAAUGCAAAUAUUCUUAAAAUGAAGGAAAUAAAUUUUCAGAGUGUUUUAGAUUUAAUAUCACCUAAAUUAUUUUGUCUAAAACUUUCACAUUGAAAUAUCAGAAAUUGAGGCAUUUAUGUUUUGUUUUUAUAAAUUGUUGCAUAUGUACUCUUUAUAGAUUUAAUUUGAAUAUUAUAUUAACAUACAGUAGGAAAUGAAGACUACUUUUAUAAAGAAGUGGUGACUAUUAAGAGAAAGGAAAUGGAGGGUAAGCCACAUUUGUGUUUAAUUGUGAAAGGGGCUUUUAUAUUACCUGUGUUCAACAUUGGGGCAUCAAACAUGUCAUUUUAAAGUGGUAGUGAGCCCAGCCAGUGUGGCUCAGUGCUUGAGCAUCGACCCAUGCACCAAGAGGUCACUGGUUUGAUUCCUGGCCAGGGUACUUGCCCAGGUUGU